GAGUGCUUCAGCAGGUCCCCAGCGCCAGGGUGGUUGGGGAGGCCGGUCUGGGGAGGACUCAUUAGUCACUCGCCUUUGAUGACUCAGGCAAACGAACUAAACCCGUUAAUGACCUGUUCCUGCUCAGAGAUUCUGGGUUGUCUCUUCUGUUAAAAAUAAACAGGCAAGCAUUAAACUUGAUGUCUUGCAUUCACAGAAAGUUGCUUUUAUUCUGCUUUCCUGGGUAAACUUCUGUUCCCCCAAAGCUUCCUGGAAGCCCCUUGUAGCCUCAUGGCCCUUCUGCAGAAAGCAGAAGUGGCUUCCUUGCUCCUUGGCCUCUUCUAUCUGCUGCUGGACAUGACCCCCCAAAUAAACAACAGAAAUCCCCACAUCCCUGGGAAGAGGCUUCUUAGAACAGGUCUGAAAUGUUUGGAAAAGCAGUUCAAGUGGGUGGUGUCAGAGGAUAAAUUAUGGUGAAGCGAGAGGUAAAGCCACAGACACCGGGCAGGGUGGCACAAAGCAGGACGGAGGAAGAGCCCUGACACAGCCACCAUGCUCGCUGCAAGGAUAGUCCUGCUGCUCGUGCUUAUCUUCACCUUCUCCCUGCACUGUGCCACAGCCUACUCAUCGCCCACUGAAUGCUGCUUUGAGUAUGCGCAGAAACCCGUCCGACACGUGCAGAGCUUCUACGAGACGCCCAGGGACUGCUCCUUGCCUGCAGUUGUGAUUGUGACUGCCACUAGCGUCAGGAUCUGCACUGACCCCAAGAAGCUCUGGGUGAAGAAAGCCAUGAAAAAGCUUCAAAGGAAAAAAUGAAAUCCUCCUCCUGCCAUCCACCAUCCCACUCGCCCAUCCAAUCCUCCCGUCUCUGGAGGGAGCAGACGGCACUCGCGACACUUCUCCAAAGGCUCCUGUGGUCGUGGGUGCCGUCACCACAAGUGGAGCCAGCCGUACCCCGGCGGGACCGGGUGUCACAGCGGCAUGGACCAGCCGGGCACCGAGUCCGUCCCACCGUCACUGCUCUGCCAGGAUGUUCCCAGCGGAGAAAAUAUUUAUAAUAAAGACUC